CCUUGGAGAUGGUGCCCUCAACCUCCUGCAACAAGUAAAGGCAGGCCAGAGAGGCUCCUGGGAGGAGGAAGAGGAGGAGGAGGAAGGCUCAGAGAGGUGGAGAGAGAGAAGAGAGGCAGAGCAUCUCUCUUCUGUCUCUGGUUUUCAUUUAGACUGUCCAGCUGCCUCUCUGAUGUCCGACGACUUUGACACCUUUUUCCCUUUGUGAUUUUAUUCCCACUGGAGCCGGACAGCAAACCUGAGAACAAGAAGCAAAGGAGACGGAGGGCAGGUCCAUGGCCUCCUGGUUCAACUGGAAUGAGCCGUACCAGCGGAGCCCCCGCAGGGACCCGGCUGACGUCGUCUCCGACACCCUGAUGCUGGAGUUCAGCUGGCAGCUGAAGGAAGCGGAGCGGCUGCAGAGGGAGAGGGAGAACGAGUACCGGCGCUUGAAGACCGGCGUGGAUUACAGCUGGCUGGCCACCACGCCUCGCUCCUCCUUCAACAUCAGCACCGGGGAGAGGCUGGCCCUGGAGGACCUCUGCUCCAAGGUGCCGCCCCCCUGCUGCGGCCUGGUCAUCCUCAAGUUCCGGGAUGCUAUGCAGGCCAACGAGCCCGAGCCACACGAGGUGUCGGGCCACUUCCGGGCCGUCCUGCUGGAGGUUCUGGAUCAGCUGAAGGAGGAGCAGGAGGCGCAGCGGCUGGCUCGCCAGUGGAACAACAAGCGAGCCAUGAGCAUGAACUUCAGGUCGAAGAUCAAGAUCAACCCGUUUGGAAGCACGACGGGCCUCACCACCGCGGUGGGCAACGGGACGGGGCUGAGCGAUCUCAAAACCGUCUCUGAGGAUGUGGAGAAGGGGAUGGAGAGGGACGAGAGGUCGCAGAGGGUGUGGAGCAUGCCCGACUUUAGAUAUAAAGGAACCAGCAGCAGCAGCAGAGUGGUCUGAUGGUGGGCGUGUGAAGGAAAUGUGGACUGAUGAGACUUUAUGUCUAACACGUUCAAGGCCAAGGCAAUAUUUUCUCUUUUCUCUCAACCAUGUUUUCAGUACUUGAAGCAGUUAAUAAGUUGCCUGAGAUUAUUUUCUGCAGCGAUGUCUCUUAUUUUGUAGAAAUUUGGCAUCAAAGCAUUGAGGGAUAUUUAUACUGCGGCCUAAUAGUAUUAUUUAAAAAUUGUCAAAGUAAUUAAAAGUUUUUUUUUCUUUUUUGACACAAAAGAUGCUGCUUAUUUGGUCAAGGAGGAGAAACUAAAUGUGGGAAUGUAUAAAACGGCAUUAGAGUGCAAAAUGUUUCUGUAGGAGGGAUGCAGUUCGUUUCCAUAUGAUUCAAACAGUGAGUCAUCCUCUGUGUGUCAAAACAGCAGGACUGAACAGUGAAAUGCAUUAUCCAAGAUUAAACAACUGAAAGCUUU